AAAAAUAAAAAAAUAAGCACCCCGAUGGAUGCUAGGGUUAACGUGCUCUAAGAAAGUUUUUUUAGAAAACAUGGUGAAACGUCUGAGACUCAAUGACUUACCAGAUGAAUUGAUCUUGAAGAUAUUCUCAAUGCUUCCGAACUUUGAAGAGAGCGUUGCAACAAAUCUCAUGUCAAAACAGCACGAGGAUCCUUAUAAACUGGUGUCGGACGUCACGUGUGAAGAUGAUAAUGAGGAGAGUCUCGUGACUUUCAUGAGAUUUGUUUACGGAUCUUUGUUGUCUGACGAUGAUCAGAUCCUACAGAGAUUGCAUCUCAAGCUUGUCCGAAACUUUUCGGCUUCAGAAAUCAGCCCUAUAUUUUGGGUUAAUAGAUCUGUAAGAAAGCUGAGAUUCGACUUAUCUGGUGGAACCCUAGAUUUGCCGAGUUGCUUGAGUACUUGCACAACCCUAAAAUCAUUGAUACUCCGUGAUGUUAGAAUCGAUGUUGUUCCAGUAGGGUUUUCUUUGCCGUCUCUCAAAAGUCUGCACCUUUUGUCGGUUGACUUCUCGCACAGGGAAUCUAUCGCAAGUCUUUUACGAGGUUGCCCGGAUCUUGAAUAUUUGGUUUUAAACCAAACAAGCUAUGACUAUUGGGAAUUUGGUGAGGUUAGGUUUUGUUUGUUGUCACUAAAAAGUCUGCACCUUUUAUCGGCUAGAUACUAUACUGGUGGUUCUCUUACACGUCUUCUACAAAGUUGUCCGGUUCUUGAAUAUCUGGUCGUAACCCAAACCACCGAGCGUUUUUGGAAUUUUUGGGAUAUACCACCUGCGUCUUGUCUUUCAUCAAUCAAAAGUCUUCACCUUACAUCUGUUAGAGUCUGGAAUGAUGAAUCUAUUGCAACGCUUUUAAAAGGGUGUGCAGCUCUUGAAGAUUUGGUUAUAAUCCGAACCGAAGAUGACAAUGUGAGGAUAUAUAAUAUCAGUGUGCCUACUUUGAAGAGCUUAACUAUCAAUAACACUAGAGAGAAACGCCUUGACGACAAGGAGAAUCAUGGUUUUUGGAUAAAUGCUCCUGCUUUGCAGACUUUGAACAUUAAGGAUACUGUCAGUAACUUUAUAAUGCUUGAGUUUAUGCCAGAAGUGACUAAGGCGAAUAUCCAGGCUAAUUGUGUCCGACCUGAGAAUUUCAUAGGAUCUCUUACCUCAAUCCAACAUCUUUCUCUAUGUUCUCGAACUUCCGAAGUAGGAAAACUUUGUUGGCCCAGAAAUGUCCAGAAUGUUUCUUCUAUUUUUGGCUAUUUUAGAUACAUACUUCAUUUGCUGACUCCAUAUCGUAGUGGCUCUAUCUUUCCCUAUCUUGAACAUCUAGAGCUAUGUACAUGUUCUCCGGGAUGGGCCAAUCUUCUUUCUUCUAUACUCGGUGACACUCCAAGUCUUCAUUCUCUCAAGCUUAAGUCAGUAUGUACUAUUGACUCCUUACAUUUAUAAGGAAGGAUAUACUCGAAUGCAUAGAGAACUAGUAUUUAAACCAUCUUUUUAUGUUUCCACUUUUAUUUUUGAACGAUCUACACUUAAGAGUCUUGCGAGCUACCAAACUCUACAAGUUAUCCCUAAAGUAGUUAGAAGAAUGAAAUUGGCAGCUAGUUAUUACAAAAGACUGGACUAAUGACAAACACUAACACGUGUAAUGUUUUUUUUUUUGGGUCUCAGCAUCAUAGUGCCCCUUACAAUGAUCCGAAGAACUUUUGGAAUGAACCAGCAGUUGUUCCAAAAUGUUUAUUGACGCAUCUAGAGAUCUUUGAAUGGAGACAAUAUGAAAACACAGUGCAGCAGAGGAUAGUGGCUGCGUACAUACUAGCAAACGCUACUUAUCUAAAGAUAGCAACAUUUUCAACAAGAAGUAGAGGCAAAUAUUAUCGCAUGGUCAUGAAGUUAAGGAAGCUGAACAGAAUUUCGAAGACGUGUCAAUUAGUUUUUGAGUAAACUCUUUAUGUGAUGGUGUAUGUCUCUAGAAGACCGACAAUUUUCUUAGGUUUCUUCUUUCCUUUUUUUCCCUGACUCUACUUUUGAUGUUUGUGUUUUUUUCCCCGUGUCUUCUUUAUAUUGUGAAAACAAAACAGUCUCUGAUUAAUGUUUGAAAAGGUGCACACUCUUUAUGCAUACUCAGAACAAAGAUAUUCGCAGAAGUAAAAUCAUAAAAUAGAUGAGACUUUUCCAAAUUGUAGUAAAUAUGACAUAUUGCUAUUGUAGCGUUGAGGAAAAAAUUUACAGUAUUUCUUGAAGAAUACCAGUUGUUCAACAUUAUUACAAAACUUUAGUUUCUUGUUUCUUUUUCUUUUGGCAUUGUCAAUGGAGAAAAAGGCGCGUUGGAAGUUAUUGGGGGUUUGGUUAUGAAAAGCUAGUGAAAUAAAAGAAGAAAUUUUAAAAAUAGUUAUAGACGAUGUCUGAUAUUUCAUCUAAAUGGGUACAAAGUCAAAGCAAAAUCAUGUAGAAGGGAUUGAAUAUGGAAUCGUAUGUAUCUUGUCGAGAAUGCAUGUCUUCAUUCGAAAGCAAUGGUUUUAAGCUGUGUGUGACUAAAGAGUUUAACCAAAAAAUUCUAACCAAACACACAAAUUGCAUCAGAGAGAUUAUAUAGGGAGAAGAAAAAUUAUGGAUGCAUGUAAUAUUUCGUUAACAAGGCUCUAUUUUGAAAGCAUCGUCAAAUUCACUAUUUAUAUUGCAUCUUUUCAAUAUACGACGUAUAUAUAUAUGCUAACGUAAUAAUUUAUUUUUUGAAAGAUUUGUAUACUGACUUUGUAAUCUUAUUUUGUUAUUAAUGAAACCAUUUGUUGAAAAAUACUUUUUGAAAAUUUUGAUAUUUAAAAAAAAUAUUUAAGUGAUGUUGAUUUUGCCAAUUUUUGUUGGUGUUUUUAAAUUAUGUGUGAACACUAUCAAUAGAAAUACCUCUUAUAAUAAAAAUUAGGAAAAAUUGUCGACUCACAACUUGAUUUCAAAUGCAAAAGUAAACUCAAACUUGAAUCAAAUGCAAAAGUAACUUAAAAGACUAUUGAAAUUACAACCAGCUCCUUGUGAACAAACAAAAAAACCGAAUUUUUUUUACGUUUCUAACCCUCGUAAGUCGUCUAGUCUAGUUUUACUUAGAAAUAAUUUAAAAUUUUUGUAAAAAAUAUUUUGAUAAGUGAAAAAUUGAAAUCAUGUAAUUAACAUAUGUUUUAAAAGAUAUAAAU